AUGUCCGCACAAACAACAUCCAUUCUCAUGGCUUUCUAUCAUGUCAUAGCGAUUGAGAACUGGACUUACGUUAAUAUAACGAAUUAUUAUCAAGAAAAAAUAGGGAAAAACGAAAGGAAGAAAAUACUUGAUCACAUAAAAAAAGAUCUCAAAAAAGUAUUAAAUCCUAAUUUUGAUUUCGAUAUAUUGCGUAAAAGAAAAGCACAAGAAAUCCUUGAUACUUGGAAGAAUUGGUCUUCACCAAAGAAUUCAGAUACAACUCUAGAUUCGCAUAAUUCAUGUGUGAAAAUUGGAAAUUUACAGAUAGCAACUGAUUCUGCGACUCAGAUCAACAAUAAUAAUUGUCAAGAUAUAAACUUUACAUGCGAUAUUACAAAGGGAACUGAAGACGGUGUGAGGAAUGUUAAUACGGAG